UUCGUAUUAUGUAACGAUAUUAUUCUCAUCGAAACGAUAAAGUAUCUUAUUCAAAAUGACUUUCAAAGUAGUGGUAAUUCUCGGUUUAGUGGGUUUAGUUCAGGCAGGCUUGCUGGUUCAACCUUUGCAACCAGUAGUAGCUGAACCUCAUAACCCUAAUCCGCAGUAUUCAUUUCUCUACGAGGUUCAAGAUCCGACAACUGGUGACAGCCAUGGGCAGUUCGAGAGUAGAAACGGGGAUGUUGUACAGGGUGCGUACGCUCUGAUGGAUUCGGAUGGUACAAGGCGUUUGGUAGAAUACACGGCUGAUCCAGUUCACGGGUUCAAUGCUGUCGUAUCCAAACAACCCACAGGAAGAGCUGUUGACCCAUCUACUAAGAUCGUUAAUGUGAACACUGGGAUAUUUUUUAUGAAUACCCAAGCCAACUUGCUGAAGACAUCUUAUAGUAGGGAAUGAUGCAGGAGCUGUCCAAUAAGUCGAUGUUUUUAAUAUACGUAUGCAUCCAG